CGCGACAAAAGAAUUUCUACGCCUCGCCGUCCCACGGACACUCUGACUUUCAUCAUUCCCCUUGUUAUCCAGAUUUAUUGACACCCACUGACUGGGUUGUUUUAAACCCUCUGCCCGUAUUUGAUCUUUGCUUGGUGAUCUUUUCCCUCACCUUCACGAUGGCACAGUCUCCGGUCGCCGUUGUCUGCGUGGGCAUGGCAGGCUCUGGAAAGACGACUUUCAUGCAGCGAAUCAACUCCUACCUCCACUCGAAGAAGACCGUCCCCUAUGUCCUCAACCUUGACCCCGCCGUCCACACGGUUCCUUUCGAGAGCAACAUCGACAUCCGUGACUCCAUCAACUAUCGAGAAGUGAUGAAGCAGUACAACCUCGGACCCAACGGCGGUAUUCUUACAUCGCUGAACCUAUUUGCCACCAAAGUCGAUCAAAUCAUCUCGUUGCUGGAGAAGCGGACGGCUCCCAACCCCAGCAACCCGGCCGCGAAGCCUAUCGAGCACAUCCUGGUCGACACACCUGGUCAGAUCGAGGUGUUCGUGUGGAGUGCCUCCGGCAGCAUCCUCCUCGAGACUCUGGCCUCGUCAUUUCCUACUGUGAUCGCUUACGUUAUUGAUACCCCCCGCGCCAGCUCCACGAGUACCUUCAUGAGCAACAUGCUCUACGCCUGCAGUAUCCUAUACAAGACGAAGUUGCCCAUGAUCCUUGUCUUCAAUAAGACCGAUGUCCAAGACGCCGAAUUCGCCAAGGAGUGGAUGACCGAUUUUGACGCUUUCCAGAAGGCUCUGCGAGAGGAAGAGGAGUCGGGCGCGUUUGGUACUGAGGGCGCCGCGGGCGGCUUUGGCUCGGGGAGUGGCUACAUGGGCUCGCUGCUCAACAGCAUGAGCUUGAUGCUGGAGGAGUUCUACCGACACCUGAACCUGGUCGGAGUCAGUUCCAUGACGGGUGAAGGUAUCGACGAGUUCUUCGAGGCUGUGGAAGAAAAGCGCCAGGAGUUCGAGCGCGAUUACAAGCCCGAAUUGGAGCGCAAGAGGAAGGAGCGUGAGGAGAAGAAGGCGGCGCAACGCGAGCUCGAGCUGGGCAAGCUGAUGAAGGAUAUGAAUGUCUCUGGCUCGAGCAAGGGCAAGCAAAAGGUCGAGAACGAGGCCGAGACGGUUAGCGAGGCUGAGGAGGAAGAGGAGGCACGCCGGAACGGCGACCAGGAUGACGAUGAGGACAGUGAGGAUGACUACAGGAUCCCUCGUGCCGGGGACAGUGAAGGGCUUACGCAGCGCUACAAGGACGCGCUGGCGGAACAGGGCACCGCGCCCUCCGACCAGGAUCUCAGUUUUGCCAGAUACCUGCGCGCGAGCAACAUCAACCAGUGAUACCUGACCAUGAGUCGACCUUGUACGUUUUUCCUUUCUCUGGGGGUUUGAAAAGGCGUUGAUGGUGGAGACUUGAAUCUAGCCAUGGCAAUUUACAUAGACAAUGAUGAUUCGUGAAUGAAGAUUCGGG